UUGGGUUGAAAAACUGUGGGUUAAGAGCUUUAGAUUUUCUUGAUGAAGGGUUUGGAAGUUCAUUUAUAGAAUGACAGAUUUAGGUUUAUAAUUAAGCUGGUGAACUGGGAGUGGCACAAUGGGAUCUCAAGGUGGUGGUGGCACACAGGAGCCAAAACUGCACUCACCCACUGGGCAGGGCUCGUUAUACAACCUCACCUUGGAUGAGGUUCAGACCCACCUGGGGAAUUUGGGGAAGCCAUUGAGCAGCAUGAAUCUUGAUGAGCUUCUCAAGAGCCUAUGGGCGGCAGAAACCAAUCAGGCCAUUGGAAUGGGCAUUGAUAAUACGGCAGCACCGCCCAGCCCCGUUGCAGAAGCCACCGACGGUCUGCGUCAGCAGCCAAGCCUCACACUAUCUGGGGCUCUGAGCAUGAAGACAGUUGACGAGGUUUGGAGAGAAAUCCAAAAGGGGCAACAGAAGAUCAGCAAUCAGGAGAAAGUAACUCGGGAAAGACAACCAACUCUGGGUGAGAUGACCUUGGAGGAUUUCUUGGUUAAGGCUGGUAUGGUUGGUGACUCGAUUCCGGGGAAGCAAAAUGCUGGUCCGGAUCUGGCAGCAUCCCAACAGAAUAUGCCUCAGCAGGCUCAAUGGAUUCACCUCCAGCUUCCCUCAGUGCAGCAGUCACAGCAGCAGAAUAUGAUGGCAGUUUUUCUGCCUGCUGGGCAUAAAAAUCCAGUUUCAGAUGCAGCCUGCCCCGAAACCCAAAUGACCAUGUCACCAUCUGCUUUAAUGGGUGCACAGUCAGACACACAAAUGCCUGGACGGAAAAGGGUUGCUCAGGGGGAUGUGUUGGAGAAGAAUGUUGAAAGGCGGCAAAAGAGAAUGAUAAAAAACAGGGAAUCCGCAGCACGGUCACGAGCACGGAAGCAGGCCUAUACGCAUGAGCUGGAGAACAAAGUCUUGCAUCUAGAAGAGGAGAUUGAGAGGCUCAAGAAACAAAAGGAGGUGGAGAAGGCGUUGCCUUGUGCACCCCCUCCCGAGCCGAAGUAUCAGCACCGUAGAACGAGCUCUGCCCCUUUUUGACAUCUUUUUGGUUUAUUCAGAUGCAUGCAUUCCGGUUAAUGCAUUUUUAGCUUUCCAUAGCUAACCUUUGUUUGAGCAGCUGCUUUUGGAUGUUUUCUUGCAGAGCAGUCUCACUGCUUGGGCUGCUGCUGCUGCUGCUGAUGUUUGCCUUGUCCUUUCUAGCCCUCAUGGAUCUUAUCUUGUUUGUACAUUUAAUAUAGUGUUUUCAAGUUCAACUAUGGUUC